UGGAGGGGCCCCGAUCUCCUGCGGAGUGCUGGUGGCCGCGUGAAUUUUAACUUCGCUUGACUCGGCGAACCCGUGCAGUCGGCCGCCGGCUCUCGCGAAGGUGGGACGCUCAUUCGCGGAGGAUCCGCCAAUCGCGGCCGAGUUCCGGGAGCAGCUGACCAAUAGGAGCCCUUCGCUAAGGGCGGCGUGCCGGGCGAUCGAUCGGAAACGGACGCGAUUUUUAACCCCGUCUGGCUCGAACAUGUAACACUCAAGACGUGCAUCGGAAGCGCAUUUUUUGAGCCGGAAGAAAGAAAGGACGUAAAUCCCCUGGAUCAUAUUUAAUAUAUCAUUUUUCCCGGACAAACCCGGAAAACCAACCGAUCAGAAUGCCGCCCACCGUGAAAUCCUCCCUGCAAUUGGCAGACGACGAACGUUUCACCCUGAUGAAAUUCAGGCGAAAUGUUCAAGAUGUCCUACAGCCAAAUCACGAUGACCAGUUCCUUCUUCGCUGGCUCAGAGCAAGGAACUGGGACCCAAUGGCAGCCGAGAAAAUGUUCAGAGAAUCGUUGGAGUGGAGGAAACAAUGGGAUGUGGACAAACUCGAAGAAUGGGAUCCCCCGGAAUUAUUGAAGAAACAUUUACCACAUGGUCUUUGCGGAUUCGACAAGGAUGGAGCCCCUGUUGUCAUUGUUCCGUUUGCGGGUCUGGAUUUGUACGGUAUACUCCACGCACUUGGACGCAGAGACAUGAUCAAAAUCACUAUACAACAUUUGGAACAAUACCUUAAACUUUGUCAGGCACAAAGUAAAAAGCAUGGACCAGUUGCUAGUCAGGUCACCGUCAUUUUCGACAUGGAAGGAUUUAAUCUCCGACAAUACAUGUGGAGACCAGCUGGGGAAGUUGUCAUUGCCUUAAUACAGAUGUAUGAGGCAAAUUAUCCUGAAAUUCUGAAAACCUGCUUUAUUAUAAAUGCGCCAAAAGUGUUUGCCCUCGCUUUUUCGGUGGCGAAGAAGUUCAUGAACGAGUACACAAUAUCGAAAAUUCAGAUCUUCAAAUCAGACCCAGCCAAAUGGAAAUCUGCAAUUUUACGAUUAGUACCACAAGAUCAAUUACCGGCGCAUUUCGGUGGGACGUUAACAGAUCCUGACGGCAAUCCGCGACUAGCCACCAAGAUUUGCCAGGGUGGAAAAGUUCCUAAAGAAAUGUACAAGAGCAAAGACGAGAAGGAUAAAGAAAACGAGGAUUUUACCACGAUUACUGUAAGAAAAGGUGAUAAGCUGAAGUUGGACUUCUCACCCGAUGAAAAUGGCUCGGUGUUAAGUUGGGAGUUUAAGACAGAGAAUCAUGACAUCAAAUUUGGAGUCAUCAAGAAGAACAACGACGGCAUACAGAACGAAGUUAUACCUCUUCAUCGAGUAGCUGCUCAUCAGAUGGAAGAAAUUGGAGUGUUACCCUGUGAUGCACCAGCUACUUAUUCAGUGGUCUUUGACAAUAGCUACAGUUUGCUGAGGAGUAAAAAGAUUCACUAUUCUAUACGACUCCUCCCACCUUCUAACCCUAUGCAAGAAGUGUCACUUUCCGAAACUUAAAUUACAAAUAAAAGAAUGUAAAUGUUGUCGUUUUUACGUAACUUCUACUAGCACAACAGUGAACUGUUAGGUGUAAUAUAUGUCACGUGUGUCAGAAAGUAUUUUUGAUUAAAGUGUAAUGAUUAUUGUAAACUUUAUAAAUAUUCAGAACCAAACAAAAGAAACAUUGUCACAAUCUUAGAAUAUGACUUUUAGUUGCCAAAUUGUUCAUGUGAAUUAGAAACGAUGCCCAAUUCUUAUAACUAAAAUAUAAAGCAAAUUUGCUUCUUAGAAGAUUUUGUUAUACUUAUAAAAGGAAAGCUGGUCUUUUAUAAUAUACAUAUAUAUCGAU